GCCGACGGCGACGGCGGCGGCGACGACGGGGAGCGGCUGGUGCGCGAGUGCGAGCAGUACCUGAGCAGCCACGAGCUGCGCGCGCAGGGCCCGGCCGCGGACGCAGCCGCGUCGGACUGUAGCCGCUCCGGGUCGGCGUCGUCCGUGUCGGAGAGCGGCGGCGCGUCCAGCUCGUCGCUGCCACCGGACGGCGCGGCCGGCCUGAAGCGCAGGCGCAACCUGGUGGGCCGCUGUGUCAACAAGGUGCGCUCGCUGAUCCGCAAGUAGCCGGGCCCGGCCCACCCCCACCCUGUACAUACCGUGCCACGGACUCACUGUACAUAUGGACACUGUUUGUGACGGAGCGACACUCAAACGUCACUGUAACCAAAUGAGCUAUUUUUAUUUCUAUUGCUGUUAAUUGUAUUUUACCAAAGGUAAUUUAAAGUAAUCGCUGCGAGGGCAGCUUCAAUAAAGUAUUUCGAGUCGUU